AUGACGUCAAAAGAGUCCACCUCGGCUUCGAGGCCACCACCUCGAAAAUUUACGGAGGUAUCUCUGAACGAGGACUUUCUAAUCAAAGCCCCUGACGGUGGGUGGGGCUGGGUCAUCGUUGUCGCUUCGCUGAUGUCCAAUCUCUUGAUCGACGGCGUUCUGUUCAACGUCGGCCAAGUAUUCCAGCCCAUAUGGGUAGACUAUUUUCACACCAGCGUUAGCGUUGCCGCGUGGGCCGUCUCCAUCCUAGUUGCGUUUUAUUAUCUGGCAGGUCCGUUUACCGGAUGUUUGAUCAAUGUGCUUGGCUGCAGAGCUGUCAGUAUUAUCGGAGUCGUUCUGGUUUGCGUCGGAUUUGUGUGCAGCAUCUUUGCUACAUCAAUUUAUUACCUGUAUUUCACACUUGGAUUCAUUUCAGGAACUGGAAUGGGAAUGGUCUAUUUGUCUUCCGUUAUCGUGGUCAACUACUAUUUCGAGAAAAAGCGAGCCAUGGCCACCGGAAUCGCUGUUUGCGGUUCGGGUCUGGGAGCCAUGACGUUUGGACCGCUGUUGACAUUUCUGAACGAUUGUUUCGGAUGGCAAGGCGCUCUGUUGAUCGUCACUGGAAUAACUAUGAACUGCUUCGCUUGCAGUCUGAUUUAUAUUCCGCUGAAACCGUCGAACGCCCAAAUCGAGAAAUUCGAGAAAAGCGUUUGGCAACAGCUGCAGAAAGAAUCCAUUCCAUAUCUCAAAGCCAAAGGAAAUACUGUUCCUAAAGACUUUGUAUUAAAAGAAUUGGACACGGAAGGGAAUCUGCGGAAGCUGAGCGUGGAUACGAUUAUGAAGAUUAACAGUCCGUUCAACCGGAAGGACAUCUUUUACAGAAGUUCCUCAUUUGCUCUGGAACGACAGCUUUCUGAACAGGCUGUGGAUAGUAUCGUGGCCGCGCUUCCGGAGCUGACUGAGGAAGAACCGAUUGCCUUGACGCCGAAGCUCAGUGACAUCAUGAAAAGUGCAAAGGCCACGUUCAAAGAAAUGUUGGACAUGAAGCUGUUGCUCAGUCCUACGUAUAUUACGUGGGCAAUCCAAGGAAGUUUCUUUUACUUCGCUACCAUGAUCCCCUUUAUAUACUUGCCGGCAAUGGCGAUCAAGCUUGGCCAUUCGAAGGGCAGUUCCACAAUGCUCAUUUCCGUUAUUGGAGCGCCAAGAAUCAAUGCCCAGCACUUGCAAAAUUCGGCGAUUCUUGUUGGAUCAGUGGGUACCCUGCUACUGCCUUUGAUGACCGCGUACUGGAGCCUUGUCAUCUACUGCUGCCUCUUCGGAGUUGGCCUUGGUAAGAAACACCAUUUUUGCUUCGUUUUCCGUUUCUUAAGGUUCUUCCAUACCUGCAUGUCAUUGAUUAAGAUUUUAAUAAACCAUGGCAACCAUGAAUCAUGUUUUCGAACAAAAUAUUUGUAAAC